GUGGUCUGCUAAGCAGAAUGACAUGAGAGAGUCACUUCCUAUGGAAAUUGCUAGAAGGGGCUGUAGCUGGCUUGGCCCGUGCGAAGCCCAGCUACAGCCCUGGCGGCACCCUGGCUGAACACCCCGGGCUGUUCGAAAACAAACCCUGGAGGAGGUGUACAAGGCCCUUGCAAAUGCCAUGGUUUGCUGUCCUGGUUGCAGCAAAACCGCUCGAGGGGCUUUUGGUAAGGUGGUUGGUCACAGAAACAAGGGAAAGCCUUGGGGACAGGCAGCUCUUCGUCAAUGGUUGGUUGUGCGUUUCACAAGAGCGGGCGUGUAUCCUCCGAGGGCACCCUCACAGCGAGGAGGUGGAGACCAAAAUGCUGCAGAAGCUCCAGAGCCAGUGGUUCCUCGCUGUGGGAACAUUCAAAUAUCAAAACCGAACGUCGAUCGUCGAGGACACUAUAGCCGAUGCUUUAGCGAGCAAACUGUUCACCCAUUCACCCAACAAGAUCUUGGGUUAUCAAUGAGAAAUACGGAGUAACAGCCCCGUCUUCCUCACAAGUCCCGGGCAUAUUCAUCGCCGUGUGGCAUACACAUACUCUAACGAUAU